AACUUAUGGGCAAAAAUAUUAACCAGUAGUGUACGUGAUAAAUUGUUUAUUUACUUUUAUUGAAAUAAAUUUUGAAAUUAUUCACGAUGUCUUUAUCAAUAAAAUCGUGUUGUGUAAAAGGCUGUACAGAAAAGUCUCGCUCAAAGCGGCAUAUAAAUUUACCUGUGAAAUUUUAUCGUUUUCCGUUAACCACUAUUGGUGUCUCGUGGAAAGACGAGAAACGUAUGAAAUGGAUAAAUGCAGUAAAAAAUUAUGUCAAAAAUCCGAAAGACUGGGACCCUAAUAAAAAUACAAGAAUUUGUAGUGCUCAUUUUAUAAAUAAUACGAAAUCGGAGCAUCCACUUCAUCCAUCGUGUGUUCCUUCUAUUUUUCCGAAGAAGGAGAUUACUAAAAAAUCAACACAAUCCUUGAAACGAUUUGAGCGUUUAAAAAAACGCCAAACAUACAAAAAUAAUAACAACGAGGUGAUAAUGGUGAUUGACAACAUAAGUGAAAGUGUAAAAAACAAUAGUACUCUUGAAAAUAAUUAUAACAAUAAUAAGACUAGUGACAUAAGAAUGGAGGAAGACACUGUAGAAAUUCCAGUUCAAGAACAGUUACUUCGUGAAACAAAUGUUUUGAAUAAUCAUCAUUCAGUACAUAGAAGUAUCAGUUGUCAAACUGAAGACUUACCGGAUCAUUCGACUGAUGAUUAUUCAUAUUUUUUCUGCAAUUUAGAUCAUCGUAACGGUGUAAGUACAGCUGCAGUACAAGUCAAUUUAUCUGUAAAAAAAAUGGUAGAUAAAAUGUGUGAAGCUUCGAUACCGGUUAUGAGAAAGAACGUCCAGGAUUCAAGUUGUGAUCCUAUCGAUAUUGAAUCUAUAAAAGCAAACUGCCAAGGUUUCCAUGGAUUUACUUCUGUCAACAAUGAUGAGACUAUGAGUAGUUUAACUGGUGUUACAUUAGCUUUAUUUUCGUUUCUCUUAAAUCUUAUUCCAGAUGGUAAAACUUACAAGGUUGAUAAAAAAACCAAGCUAUUGAUUACUUUAAUGAAACUCAAAACCGGUUUGACAUAUACUGCACUAUCUGUCUUAUUCAAUAUACAUCGCACUACUAUCCAUCGCAUCUUCAUACAUAAUCUACGACAGCUGAAUAUUGCAAUGAAGAACUUUAUAUUUUGGCCAUCUAAAGCAACAGUACAAGCAGCACUUCCUGAAGCAUUUAAACUACAUUACCCGGAAACACGUGUUAUUAUUGAUUGCACAGAAGUAAAUACUGAGGUACCACCAGAAGUUAAACACAGAGUUUUAAUGUACUCUGAUUACAAACAUCAUCACACAGUGAAAUUUUUAGUUGGAUGUACUCCAAAUGGAUUUAUUAGUUUCCUGUCAAAGUGUUAUGGUGGACGUGCUGGUGAUUGUUUCAUUACAAAUGAUUGCGGGUUAAUUGAUUUAAUCGAGCCCGGAGAUGUUGUACUUGCGGAUAAAGGUUUCCCGCAAAUACAAAGUCAGGUAGAAGAAAAAAAUGCGAUCUUUGUAAUGCCUCCGUUUUGUCGUAAGGAUCAAUUUACGCCAGAAGAAGUCGAAGAAACAUAUAAUAUUGCUUCAGUAAGAAUUCAUAUUGAACGAGUAAAUCAAAGAAUAAAAGAUUUCAAUAUUCUCUCUAAAGUGCCUGUAUCACUCUUACCUCAUAUUGAUGAAAUUCUUUCAGUUAUAUGUGCUAUAAUAAAUGUUCAAAAGCCAUUAUUCAAACAGCAAGACUAA